UGAGUAUAAAAUGGUCGAGUAAAUCUGAGGAGUUCGCAUUCGUGCAAAGCAAAGCGGUUCCUUGUGGUUCUGUUGGCUAGCAUUUUUUGCAGGAGAUUCACAGCGCUACUUGCGGGUGACUCUUGUAGAUUUCAGAAACUCCGAGUUUCAGCAGUGAUUUACUUCCUUCAGACAUGUCUUCCCAGGUGAUGAACAGUGCCUUCAUGGCUCCUCGCGGAAUGCUUGGUGCCCCAGCCCCAGUCCAUCUAAGUGCUCCAGUGCCUUCUUAUGAUGGUGCAUUCUAUCCUUACCAGAGGAAUGCCACCGUCGUCGACACUGUGUCUAGCGACAUCUUACAUAUGGUACACGAGCACUGGUAUCAGUUUCCACCUCUGAACCCCCUGUGGCACAGCCUUUUAGGUUUGGCUAUGAUCGUUUUGGGAAUCAUCAGUGUUAUUGGCAAUGGGAUGGUUAUCUAUCUCAUGACAACAACUAAGAGCCUCAAGACACCAACAAACAUGUUAAUUGUAAAUCUUGCUUUCUCGGAUUUCUCAAUGAUGGCCUUCAUGAUGCCCACUAUGGCCGCUAACUGUUUCGCCGAAACGUGGGUCUUGGGACCACUUAUGUGCGAAAUAUACGGGAUGGCUGGCAGUCUUUUCGGCUGCGUUUCCAUCUGGACCAUGGUAAUGAUCGCAUUCGACAGAUACAACGUCAUCGUCAGAGGUAUGUCUGCAGAUCCUUUAACUAGCAAGAAAGCAGCAAUUCAGAUCCUUUUAGUGUGGACCUGGUCAGCUGUAUGGACUCUUCUUCCGAUGUUCGGCUGGAACAAGUAUGUCCCCGAAGGUAACAUGACUAGCUGUACCAUCGAUUACUUAACGAAAGACUGGUCAUCAUCUUCAUAUGUUAUCUUCUAUGCCCUUGCUGUUUACUUUAUACCUUUAUUUACCUUGAUCUACAACUACACAUUCAUCGUUCGUUCUGUCGCAGAACACGAGGAGCAACUCAGAGAACAAGCUAAAAAGAUGAACGUUUCAUCUCUCAGAGCUAAUUCGGAUCAGCAAAAGCAGUCCGCUGAAUGCAGACUUGCCAAGAUUGCCUUGAUGACUGUCGGAUUGUGGUUCAUUGCAUGGACCCCAUACCUCAGCAUUGCAUGGAGCGGUGUUUUCAGUUCAGGAAAGCGCCUUACUCCUUUAGCCACCAUCUGGGGAGCUGUAUUUGCCAAGGCAGUUGCAGUCUACAACCCCAUCGUUUAUGGUAUAAGCCAUCCCAAAUACAGAGCAGCUUUGCACCAGAAAUUCCCAAGUCUCGCAUGCACUACAGACAGCGGUGACCAUGGAAGUGACACCAGGUCUGACACCACAGUCGCUUCCGAUGAGAAACCGCCAAAAGGUUCAGAAGCAUAAUUUUUUUAAAAACUAAAUCUUUCUGUUUCAAGCCUGUAAAGUUGUACGCUUUGCAACUUUUUCUAAAUGGUUUAUUCCAUUUUAUAGACUUGUAGAAGUAUUGCUGAAAUUCUGCAUUAAUAAAGCUGCCUUCAUUAUUUU